UUUUCCCUUCGUGGGACUGGGGGACGGUGGAGGAGUGAACAGACAAUCCAGAGAGAGAGAUAUCAUGGAAAAUACAGAAUGUGUAACCAUGGCAAUACAAACCAUGGAAGAACCAGAAGCUCAUCAAACAAACCACAAACAUGACCCAUUAAUUCAUGUUAUACAAAAGCUAUCUGCAAUGGUGGAGAGCGAUAAGUCCAGCAGGUGUUUUGAAGGAAGAAAACGUUCUUAUCCAGAUCAAGAAAUACAUUCAGAUAUUCAGGAAAGCUGUGCUUCUCCACCUAAAUCAGACGAUCUAGAUAUUUGUCCUAAAAGAAUUAAAGCUGAAGCAGUCAUUGACCAUUCAAAUUCAGACCUCUUUCUACCAAGAGACAGAAAGGGAAUGUUUUAUCAGUGCAGUCUUUGUAAUUUCUUAUCUCAAUCUUUUGAAACCCUAAAAAGUCACGUAAAAAAUCACGGUCAGCAAAAUGAAAUUAUUCUUAUGUGCUCUGAGUGCCAAGUGACCUUCAAGAAACAUGAAGAUCUUGAAGGUCACAUUAAAAAACAUUGUGAGACUGAGGACACUUCACAUCCACAGCAAUGUAAGCAGCUAUCUACAUCUCCAAAUUUCCCUGACAAAGUUAGAAAAAAAUGGUAUGCGCAUGAGGACUAUGGAUUGUAUCGAUGUCUGAUUUGUAAAUAUACCUGUGGUCAACAACGUAUGUUAAAAACUCAUGCUUGGAAGCAUGCAGGUGAGGUUGACUGUUCAUAUCCCAUAUUUGAAGAGGAGAAUGAGUCUGCUGGUUUGCCAGAUUCCACCGUUGCUCAUAGUCCACAUGGUAGUGAAUCUGUUUUAUCAGAAGAUACUGAAAGUAGACAUAACUCUCAAAUACCUGCAAGUGACAAGGGUCAGGUAUGCAAUUCUUUGCCACAAGAAAAUACAGUAAAAAAUACAGAGACUAUAAAUUCAGCAGCUAAUCCAGAUACAAUUGAGGUUCUGGUAGUAGAUGAUUCCUUAUCAGAUCAGGAUAAUGUGAUUACAGAUAGUCUGCUCUCUUCUGCACAAAAAAUCAUUAGCUGUAGUCAGAACAAUAAAGGCCAUGUAAAUGUAAUUGUGGAACGUUUGCCAAGUGCUGAAGAAACUGUUUCGCAGAAAUCGCUCUUGAUUAGUAAUGAAUUGGCGGUCAAAAAGAAAAUUGUCGCCCAUGAUUCCCAGAUUGUAUGUGAAGGCUCAGUUGAAGUAUACCAUGCAGACAAAAAUGCAGUUGAAAAUGAAGAGAUUAUCAUAGGUUGGAGUAAUGCAAUUAAAACUGGUGAUUUUCAUGAAAGUAAUGAAAAUUUUCCUCCAGCAAGAAGGAGAACAAAUUCAGAAUGCCUACGAUUACAUUCUUUGGCUGCAGAGGCACUGGUAACAAUGCCUAUCAGUGUUGUUGAAUGUCCCAAGUCCAGCCUCCGAAUUCUUAGUAAGCCGGAUUCACUAGAUCCAGACACUGGUCAGCAAGAAGGUGAUCGAAACUAUGCAACGUACUCCAAAAUAGUUUCAUCGAAGAUACCUGAAAAAGUAGAUGGCUGUGGAAAGAAUGUGAUUAACCUUAAAGAAAGUAAAGAAGGAAGUGAGCUGAAAGAAGCCCCUAUAAGGAUGGGUAUUAGCAUGUCUUUGCUUAAAGUCAUUGAAAAACUGAGGGAACGGACAGAUCAAAAUGCUACAGAUGAUGAAAUUUUGAGAGAGUUAAGGGACAAUGCCCAAACAGAAUCUACAGUUGACUUUGCCUCAAACAGCAAUGUUGUGGAAUACUUACCUCAUGCUGAACGUCCAUACCGAUGUCGCCUGUGCCAUUACUCUAGUGACAACAAAGGUUACAUAAAACAGCACUUGCGAGUUCAUAGACAGAGGCAGCCCUAUCAGUGUCCUAUUUGUGAACAUAUAGCUGAUAAUAGCAGUGAUUUGGAAAACCACAUGAUAAACCACUGCAAAACAAGAAUGUAUGACUGUAAACAUUGUACCGAAUCCUUUUACUAUAAGUCACAACUAAGGAAUCACGAGAGAGAACACCGUAAUCGUCCAGAUAACCGUACACUGUCUACAUCAAGUGAUGAACAGCAAGGUUCAAGUGGCGAUAAUGAAGACAAGCAGCCAUUAGAAGGCAGCAAAUCGUGUAACCCAAAAUUGUACCGAUGUGAUGUAUGCAGUUACACAAGCUCUACAUAUGUUGGUGUUCGAAAUCAUAGACGAAUUCAUACAUGCGAUAAACCGUACAGGUGUUCACUUUGUGGAUAUGUAUGCAGCCAUCCUCCAUCUUUAAAAUCUCACAUGUGGAAACAUGCAAGCGAUCAAAAUUAUAAUUAUGAACAAGUGAACAAAGCAAUUAAUGAAGCAAUGUCUCAAAGCAGUCAGAUUCAAGCAGAGACCAUAAAGAAGAGUUCAGAAGACUCUGAUACAGUGCAUGUUAAUAGUGGGAGUUCUACACAGCAAUUGGCAUAUGGAAACAAAAAUUGCAUGGAAAGUCCAAAGGUCAAUCAAACUCAAAUUACCUUGUGCAAUACAGAGAAAUUACAAAGCCAGAUUCGGCCUGAGGCAGAAUUAUGUGUACUACUUUUCUGCUGUUGUAUUUGUGGCUUUGAGUCUACAAGCAAAGAACUUCUAAUGGAGCACAUGAAAGCACAUGAGGGAGAAAUCAUAAAUAUCAUUUUGAAUAAGUCCGAAUCAACAUCUUAAAAGUAGCAUUCAGUUUGUCUAUGGUAAGGCUAUACCUACAAGCUACAGUUGCUUAGCCCGUUCUAAAUAAAACAUUGCUGGAGUCAA